GCCGCAAGAAUCAAACGCUUUUAAAAAUAUAGGAAUAUCAAUCCAUAUAUAUCACAAAAAAAUGAUGAAACGAUGUUCAGAACUUUAUUUAGAUAUGUUAAUGAUUUUAGUAAUGUUAGGAACUCCAAUCGCAAUGUUUUUGAGUGUAAUGUUAAAAAUAUAUAAUAGACUUUUUGGAUCCAAAAGUGUGAAAAGCAUAGCUGGUGAAAUAGCAGUGGUUACUGGUGGUGCUCGUGGUCUUGGAAAACUUAUAUCAAUAGAAUUGGCUAAACAGGGUUGUCAUAUUGUAAUCGCUGAUAUCGACCUAAAGCAAGCAGAAGAAACAGCAAAUUAUCUUAGUGAUUCGUAUAAAGUCAAUGCAAAAGCCUAUAAGGUAGAUGUUUCAAAUUAUGAGGAAGUAGUGGAGCUCAAUAAAAAUAUUAUCCAUGAUUUAGGAAAAGCUACCAUAUUAGUAAACAAUGCUGGUAUUAUGUUGUUUACAGAUCCUUCAAAUCCUGACUGGAAAGAAGUGCAACGUAUGAUAAAUGUUAAUUUAACGGCAAACAUUUGGACUAAUCGCGUCUUUCUAGAGAAUAUGAAGGAAGUGGGUAAAGGCCAUAUUGUUGCUAUAAGCUCCGUAGCAGGUAUCACACCUUUCCCUUUUCAUCCUGAAUAUACUAGCACUAAAUAUGCAAUUCGUGGAUUAAUGCAAGUUUUGAGGAUUGAUUUAAAAAUGGAAGAAAAAUUUCGAAAUAUAAAAACUACAUCAGUUUUCCCCACAUUUUUGAAUACUAAUGCGAAUAUUUUAGAAAUGUUAAAAUCAAGCACUUUUUCUAAAAUAGCAGUAGCACACGAUGGAGAAAAAGUAGCAAAACGCAUUAUUCAAGGUAUACUGCAAAAUGAGGAAGAAAUUUCGGUCCCUGAAAUAAAAUUAGCUUUCUCAAAAUGUACAGACUUAUGGCCAGUAGAAAUCUUUGAUCGAAUUGUUAAAAGAAUACUUUUGAAAGAAGAAAAAUAAGAUAAAAAUGAAUUGAAAUAUAUCUCAAAUUUCUAUUUAAAGGUCUAGUCAACAUCAUUUCAAGAAAAAUUGGAAACUGCUGUUUUCUUUAAACAAAAAUAAAUUUUUACUA